CACAACUGAAGCAAGGACAGGUCAUUCUUAUCUGCGUUGCUGUUUAGUCUCAUGAAAAACUAUUAAGCUCAUCUCAAUGUUUGCUGCAGAUCUUCUUGUGUUUGUCUCUAUUCUAUCAGCUGCUUGCUGUCAGUCAGCCCUGGAAGUAUCGAUCCCCAAAUCCCUCAACACCACCAGUGGCUCUUGUCUUCUGAUUCCUUGUCUAUUAAACAUUUCAAAGGAGAGAGAAAACAUUCUUGAAAGUUCACCAGAAGUAACAUGGAGACGAGGAUCUCUGUGGUCACUCUACGACACAGAUGGUUUCACCAUCGAUCAACGUCAGAAGGAGCCUGUGAUGGAAGUGGUGGGUGACCUACGAAAGAAAAACUGCACUUCUGUCAUGAGGAACCUCACCAGCCUGCAUUCAGAUCGUUACUUCUUCAGGAUUCAAGCUGAGAAUUUCCAAGUGACUGAAACAAACGCUGUGCACAUAAAUGUGUCAGAUUCCUUGGCUGAGCCGGCUGUGACUGUGCCGGUGCUCAGGGAGGGUGAGGAGGUGAAUCUGACCUGCACUGUUCCCGCUCCCUGCCCCAGUCACCCUCCAAAUGUAAUCUGGGAUCCUACAUUAGGUGGUAACGUAACACAGAGGACACAGAUGAACGCUGAUGGGACUCAGAGUGUUUCUGCCAUCUUGAAUUUCAUCCCAUUGUUACACCAUCAUGAGCUGAAAGUGAACUGUGUUUCUAUUCAAAAUCUACACAGAGAUGACAGACCCCUGCUCAGCCACAAGAUGGUCAUCCUCAGUGUGGAGUAUCCUCCGAAGGAAACAUGGAUCUCUUUCACAGACUUGGUCUGGCUUGGUGAUAAUGUGACCCUCACCUGUCAAAGUAAAGCCAACCCUCCUGCGGUCCACAGAUGGUUCAUGAAGAGAGCAGGUUUAGAGGAAGAAUUGGGAAUCUCACAUGUGAUUUCCUUCACUGCUUCCCGUGAUAACACUGGGGAAUACAUUUGUGAGGCACAGAAUCUAUACGGUGCAAUGAACUCUACAAACUUACAGAUCACUGUCCUAGGCAUGUCCUUCACAGCUUUCCUCUCAAUUUUGGGAGUUUUCUUACUGUUUAAAUUUGCACUUGUUGCCAUUCUUAUUUCUAUGACUUACAGAAGGUGUAAAGAACCGAUCAGAAGUGAGACAAGCCAAGAUCAGAACAUUUGCAUCAGUGUUUCUGCAAAGUGCAGUGAGAAGCGAGCAGCUUCAGUCAAAGCCAUGCGAAAAAGAGGACAACUGCAUCAUUAACCCUGUAUAUGCAUUCAAACAUGACAUCUCUGAUGAAAACAACCAUGGGAACUGUUAAAAGUGAAAAGUAGCAUGUUUUAAAUGUGGAGUAUAGGCUGUUUCUGUGUUAAUACUGUCACCUAGUGUGGAACUAUAAGA